AUGCGUAAUUUUCUACCCCUAGUGUUUCUUUUGCUAUCAUCAUCCAUUCUAGGGCAGAAUGUCCGUGCAGUGACCGUCUACGGACUAGGAGGAGUGGAGAACCCGACUGGCACGUUUGGCUCGGGCAUUCCCGCUGCCACUGUGAGCGGGUCGGACUUCAUCGCUGCAUAUAAUGCGUACAACAAUGUCACCUUGACGCCUCCGGCUCUCCCCAACCCCAUGCCUGCGACGUCGUUCUCCAUUGCACUGCCGAAUCAAGCUGCCAACAUGCCCAAGCUCUCGAUCCCGCACAAGGGCGAUUUCUUCGGGUUCUCUAUCGAGAUGUCAGUGGUUCAGCAAGUUAUCGGCAAGAAUGCUUCGUUCCUUCAGCCCACAUUCCUCAACCUGCUCGCCACGGUCGCCGACCGCGCGGGCAGCGUCCGAGUUCGAAUUGGCGGUAACACGCAGGAAAUUGCUACGCUCGUCGCCAGUCUCCCGGAAAACGCGAUGAUCGCAAAGGACCACAGCGUAGACGACAAUGCUCCCACCCAGACGCCGACGCUGGAUCUUACGGACGAGUUCUUGUAUCUCUUCGCGAACGUCUCGUCGUUGGUGAACGCAAAGUGGUAUCUAGGUAUCCCGAUGAACGACACGAGCCACCUCCGCCUGCAGAUUGCCGAACAUGCGGAUGCUAUCUUGGGUAGCAACGUCCUUGGGUACCAGGUCGGGAACGAGCCGGAUCUUUACGGCCAACACGGGCUCGGAGGUCGUCCGAAGACGUACAACCAGACGGACUACUUCAACGAAUUCGGGACCAUGGUCAACGGUAUAAACAACGAUCCGCAGAUCGCCUCGAAGAACAAGAUCGUAGCUCCCAGUCUACAGGGGACGUGGACUCCGGAGUCGCUCUGGGACAUUGGCUAUCUGAACACGUACUCGUCAUUCCUGGACGUCAUCUCCGUCGAACAGUACGUCUCAUUCCUUUGA